AUGGACAAUCCGUUACUUUCCCAGUUGGUGAAUGGGAUUACCAGUGCCGUUCCACCUUCCCAGUCCAAACUGUACAGCAGCUGGUCUGUGUGUGACGAAGAAACAAAAACAUCUUCUAUAACUGACUGUUUGGAGAAGAGUGCUGUGUACCCUUUCCCCGACUCUGAAAACCGUACAGAUGUGUUCGGGUUGAUGUCAAACCGCCCAGAAGACGCAAACAAAAUUGAUGCUGUGACAGAUUGGGAUUCCUUAUCUAGACUGUUUCCCCCACUGUGGGCUGCAAGCGACCACCAGAAUCUCUCUGAAUAUCUUCCCACCAUCCUUCCUGGAAAUGUCGACAUCUCCCACGUAAUUGGCCCCCAAACUUACCAGGAGCCUGCAAGAAAAUUACCGGACAUUGAAAGCCUUCAGAGAGGGUUUGAAGACCUGGGCUUGCUGGAUUCUUGGGUUUCCAGCCCUGAGACCUGCAGUCCACAACUGGAAGAUGUAUUCCAAGGCCUUUACUUUGAAAAUCAAGCCUUGGAACUGAAUUCCUCUUUCCAGCCCAUCGAGUGGCCUAAUCAGACUGUCGACGGCUUCGUCAAGUUAAACGGAAGAGAUUCUGGAAGCAAAGCUGCUAGUGCCUGCCCCAGUUCGCAGAAGAGAGCAAAAGAAUACUCUGGAGUACCUCGGCCCUCGUGGAAAAAUGACAAGGGGAGAGUCAAGUUCAGUAGGGGUAGUCCAACCGGUCAAACGAAUUACGUACCUGGCGUUCGAGAAACUUGGGGAAAAGAAACAUAUGCAAAACCUUCCAGUGACUUUUCUCCACUGAGCAUGAAGCCACCAGCAUUCCAGUUCAAUCAGCAGUUUGCUAAAACUCACGGUUUCCAUCCGACCACACAGAAGACGCACUACAAGGAAGGGUCAGAGAGCUACAGCGGUUUUCCAAAAGUCGGGACUUUCGAAUGCCGUGAAAAUAUUGCUCCUCAAAUCCAAAAGGAGCCCUAUGCAAAGUCUCCGGUUCCUUGCAUCAGCCCAAAUGAGGGCUUCCCAUUGGCUAGCCAGAGUCACAGAUGGUUAGAUGGCGAAACGCUCGGGACCCAGAAAACGGCAACUAGCCCUUUGCCAUCUCCUGCAAGUUCUUCUCUGUCUGACGGUUCUCCAACCCAUUGUCCAGGGUAUUACUCUCAACCACCAUUGCCGCUUUCUGCUAAGGAUGGGCAUUUAAACGGAAUGACCAAUCAUAUACCAUUUUCUAGCUUUAUUGAUGAAAAUCAGAGGCGCAGCAAGUGUUUCAAUCGCUCAUCUCCUAGUAAGGAAGGCAUAUAUCGAAACGCACCAUUAGGUUACCCCCCCAACUGGUCACCACCUCAGCUGGGUUCUGGACAGAAUAACUCCGACAGGCUUCACAAACUGCCCAAAAGAGCAAACCCGCCAAACAACGGAAAUCCCGACCGAAGAGGAAGAAGAACUUGGAAUAUGCCACAUGGCGGCGUCAAACAAAACCCGCCUCCUUGCAGCCCUUUCCAACGCAAACAGGAGCCCAACUUGGGAAACAUGUCUGACUUCGUGAAUGCUUCCUUUCUGCCUCCUUUUUCCCUCAUGUCCGAUUUAAAGCAGAAUCAGAAUUUUCCUUCCUUUAACCCACAGUUAUUUUCUCCAACAACAAAUAUGUCUUUCCCACCACCUUUCCCGUUCUCCGACCUCAUCGAUCUGUUCCAUUACGAAGACAUCAAUCAGAUCCAACCUUUUAUAAAUGACCUGUUCUGCGGUGAAAUCCCCCCGCCGUACUUUCCAUUUCCGGCCCCCUUCAACAGAUGCCGCCCUUCGAGAAACCGCAGCGGACCUGCCAAUGAACUCCAUUUACAGCUAGAAGAAUGCUGUGAGCAGUUCCGGGCUCUAGAGAAGGAAAGGAAAAAGACUGAAGCAGAGCUUGCUCGAAAUUUCCCAGGAAACAGAGUUUCAAGCUCAUACAGCUCAGCAGUCCCGAGACUUCCAACAAAUCCAUCGAGAGUCGAUCGCUUGGUUGUCGAUGAGUUUCGAGAACAAGCCAGAGCAGUCUCCAUGGUGAAGAUCAUGGAGAGGAUCCGUGGAGAGAGCCUUCACGUCAACAUCGGCAUCGCUUUAGAACACCACCUAGAGGCCAUCCACUUGACACAGGCACGACGCAAAGAUGAAAUCGUUAACGCAGCCAAUCGUCAGAAGCAAGGAGCCCCGCGCUACAAUAAUGAGAGAGAUGUGUUGGCUUUGGCCGCCGCCAUGAAGGAGCUGGUGUCCACUACACGCAAGGCCCGGACCGCCCUCUGGUGCGCUUUACAGAUCACUCUAUCCAAAUGUUCCGCUGGGAUCACUGUGAAGCUUGAAGACCUGGAGAGGGCCUUGCAGGAGCUUUGCCCUAACAAGACCCCCGGUGUGGAUGGAGAACCCUGCUCAGAUGUCGGCAGCACUGGAAGGGAGUGAAAAAAAAGAAAACCCCGCGUAUAAUUUUCAGCCAUUUCUGGCAAUAAGU